AUGGCUGAGUAUAAGCUAGAGGUGACAACAGGUGACAAGCAAUAUGCAGGAACAUGGGACCACAUAUAUGUCACCUUAUUUGGAACUGAAGGGCAGAGUGAGAGAACUGAGUUGGACAACUAUGGUUUUGACUUUUCAACUGGGACAACAGGGACCUACACCGUGAAAACCAGUUUAUCUCUGGGGAAACUUCUGCUGGUUAAGGUGGAGAAAGAUCCAUUUUUGUGUCUCCCAGAAGAUGAAUGGUACUUCUCCAAAGUCGUGGUGACGACUCCAGAGGGAGAAGCCAUUCUUUUCCCCUGUUACAGAUGGAUCUCCAGGGGAGAACUGGUGGAGCUGAGAGGAGGGAGAGCUAUGAAGAAUUUUGAGGAGGACCAUCCCCUGUUGAUUGACCACCGAAAAAAAGAGUUGACACUUAAAAAGAGCUUGUACCAAUGGAAGAGUUUGGCUGCAGGACUACCCCAAGUCAACCACUUUGAUGAUCCUUUAAAGCUGCCAGCUGACAUACGUUUCUCUAUGUCCAAAAUAACUGAAAUAGAUCAAACGAAAAUGAUAACUGGCAUUGAACUCAAGCUUAAGGGGCUGCUUGGAUCUUCUGAAAAAUGGGAAAGCACUGAAGACAUGAAAAAAAUCUUCUGGUACAAAAAGACAACAAUGUCAGAGUAUGUUUCUGAGCACUGGAAGGAGGACGACUUUUAUGGAUCCCAGUUUCUGAAUGGAGUCAACCCCAAUAUGAUCAAGUGCUGCUCAGAGCUUCCCCCAAACUUUCCAGUCACAGAUGAGAUGGUGAAGCCGUUCCUGACAGAGGGAAGCUCUCUGCAGAAGGAAAUGGAGAAAGGCAACAUAUUCCUCUAUGACCAAAAGAGGAUGGAUGGAAUACCACCCAGAGUCAAAAAUGGUGAACCUCUGCAUGUGACUGCUGGUCUCUGUUUGCUCUAC